AUGCUCGAGGAAGCCGACAUGAGAGCCGGCAAGAUGCUGUGCCGUACGAGCAGUCCACCACCACCGAGCAGCAGUCCUGCGGGGUCAGAGAUUUCCGUCGGCUCCCCAAGCCCUCCACCUCUCGGCAGUGAUCCCACCCAUUCCGCCCACCUGCCUCUACAUCCGCAUCCGCUGGCUGUUACGCAUCUGGUGCAUCAUCAUUCGCUCGUACACCCACACCACCCAGCGUUACACGCCCAUGCAGCCCUUCAGGCUCGUGCCGAGGACUACUUUACACCUCUGAAGCGGUUACGGAUGGUUGAGGGAGCCGGAGAACUUGCCAGCCCACCUGGGGGUAGUCCUAAGGAGUCUACUAGUCGGGGGUCGAGUCCUCCGACGCCCAUCAUCGGUGGCACCAGUGCCCUAGGCACACCGAAUGGAGCUGUCACCAACACCAGCACCAACGCCACCAACACCACCAGCACUACCAAAGCGUCCACUGGCGUCACCCCCGUCGAAGGCGUCAAAUCCUUCUCGAUCGCUGACAUCCUGGGUCGUGACGCGGAACCCAGUGGUGGAGGUCGAGAACCUCGCGAUCCGAGUCCACCUCCUGCCACCACCGGUCUGCAUCCACACCCCCAUCACCUGCACUUGUCGGCGCAUCAUCCUGCGGCACACCUGGCAGCCGCCCACCAUCAUCAUCAACACCAUCAUCACCAUCAUCAUGGAGGCAGCAACACGUUGCAACAGGCCGCUUCGAAGAUCGUACGACCUUGGGAUCACCUUCGUGGGCCAAUCCCUGUGCGACCGUUUCUACCGCCGGCGUUGCUGCAUUACGAGCACCGAUUGGCGCUUGAUUACCAUCAACAGUUGCAGGAGCACUUCCGGGCGCAGGCUCAACUGCUGCGGCACAUGAGCAUGGACAUCAUCCCAUCGGAGAGUGGUUCAGAGCGGUCCAGUUCGGCUGCCAGUGACUGUUGCUCACCGGAGAUCGGUCGUGGAUCCGAUCACCAGAGCCACCAAUCCUCGCAGUCGUCCUCGUCGGGUGUGGGUGGAGGUUCUGGGGCUGGUGGAGCGAGUGAUGGAGUGCGCGGUGCUAAUGGGGGUGCUGGCGGAGGUAACAAAACGGCAGGAGGCAAGACGGCCCCGAACGGGACGCCGCUCGAUGCGCUCUUCCAGAUGACCAACAAAAACUUCGACGAGUCCAACGAAGAAAGUGAGCAAUCGCAUUUAAACCUGUUCGCCAACCGACCGCAGCCAAAGAAGAAGAGGAAAUCCCGGACGGCGUUCACCAACCACCAGAUAUUCGAGCUGGAAAAGCGGUUCCUCUACCAGAAGUACCUGUCGCCGUCGGAUCGGGACGAGAUCGCGGCCGCUCUCGGUCUAUCUAACGCACAGGUCAUAACGUGGUUCCAGAACCGGCGAGCCAAACUGAAACGCGACAUGGAAGAGCUAAAGAAAGACGUCGAGACGGUGAAGGUGCUGUCGGCUCACAAAACGUUCCUGGAGAAUGUCAACGACAUGAACAUUCUCAAGAAGAAGAUCAUGCACGAUGACGGCGGUAGCCCCCAAAAGUAG